CCGUACUAUAUUAAAUCGCCACCACAAGCUCCACCAAGAUAACCAUCUAAUUAAACUAUUAAACUACGAAAUACUAUAGUAUAUAUUCGAAUACCUUUCUUCUUCAAUUAAUUCUUCAAACUUCAAUAUUCAUUCCACCUUAAUUUUGAUUUAUAUGUAGUAGUGUCUCUGGCUAAUAAAUUAGUUGAAGAAUUAUUAAGAUGAGAAAAAAGUGUAACUUGGAGCUCAGGCUUGUCCCUCCUGCUUGUGUUACAAUGGGGGAUAAAGAAAGCAUAGAUCAAGAGAAGCAGCAGCAGCUAACCAUAUUCUAUGAUGGCAAAGUUGUGGUUUCUGAUGCUACUGAGCUUCAGGCUAGAGCUAUAAUACAUCUUGCAAGUAGAGAAGCAAAGGGGAACAUAAAGACGCCAUCUUCACAUUCGGAGACACCAUCACCAUUAUUACAAUCUCCAUCACCAUUAUUACAAUCUCCAACAGGUCUUUCCAUGAAGAGAUCUCUGCAAAAAUUUCUACAAAAGAGAAAAAAUAGAGCUGAAGCAAUUUCUCCGUAUCAUCACUAGCUAUUAAUAAUACUAAGUUUGGUGAUCUUUUAUUUAUUUUUUCGUUACUUCUUUUUUCCCUUCUUCUAGUGGGGUUUUCUGAUGAAGAAACAGAAUCUUUUUUUUUUUAUGUCAUUACCAAUGACAUGGCCAGAGAUAUGUAAUUAUAUUUUAUGUUUCAAUUUAUAUGAUGUUUUUCACUUAUUGAUAGUUAAUUAUGAUUUAUUUUUAAAGUUAAAUUGGGAUAAAUCAAUUGAUCAAUAUUUUAAAAUUUAAAAUUUAGAUAUAUAGUUAAAAAUAUAUGAAAAGCAAUAUAAGUUGU